CUUCGGCGGAUCCUCCGGGUUUCCUUGGACUCACGGCGACUGGGAGACUGUGCGGUGUCCGCCUGCCGGGUCCUUAAGGAGUAACUCCCAUCCCUGUGGCCGAGCCGUGAGUGCGGACUCUCCUCUGCUUCGGGCCCGGUGUGACGGGGUACCCGGAACCCAGCGGUCCCCUGGAGAGGAGAAGGAGCCAGAAUUGAUAAAAUCGUGAUGUGAGUUGAGGGAAGAUGGCAAUGGGAAGACUCUUAGGAGACUCUUACAGUAGGCAGAGGAGCGCUGCGGAAUACCUGAAGUUGUGACUGUGGGUGAAGGAAGAUGCUGUGCCUCCACCUUGGAGAGAUUUGGGGUUAUCGCAGGCGGACUCUGCUGCCGAGGGAAGAUGGAAACGCGGGAGCAGACGAGACUGAAGGAUUUUCAGCGAGCUCAAGAGAUGGCUGCCCAGUGCGUCACAAAGGUGGAGCUGAAUAUUUCCUGUGACAAUCUUCUGGAUAAAGACAUAGGAUCAAAGUCAGACCCUCUAUGUGUGCUAUUUUUGAAUACGAGUGGUCAACAGUGGUAUGAGGUUGAGCGCACAGAAAGGAUUAAGAAUUGCUUGAACCCCAAAUUCUCUAAGACAUUUAUUAUUGAUUACUACUUUGAAGUGGUUCAGAAAUUGAAAUUUGGGAUUUAUGACAUCGACAACAAAACUGUCGAGCUGAGCGAUGAUGACUUCUUGGGAGAAUGUGAAUGUACCCUUGGACAAAUUGUUUCCAGUAAGAAGCUAACGCGACCACUGGUGCUUAAAAAUGGCAGACCUGCAGGAAAAGGGAGCAUUACGAUUUCAGCUGAAGAAAUAAAGGAUAACAGAAUUGUCUUGUUUGAAAUGGAAGCAAGAAAACUGGAUAAUAAGGAUCUAUUUGGGAAGUCAGAUCCUUACCUAGAAUUCCACAAGCAGACAUCUGAUGGAAAUUGGCUAAUGGUUCAUCGAACAGAGGUUGUUAAAAACAACUUGAAUCCUGUUUGGAGGCCUUUUAAGAUCUCUCUUAACUCUCUGUGCUAUGGAGAUAUGGAUAAAACUAUUAAGGUAGAGUGUUAUGAUUAUGAUAACGAUGGGUCGCAUGAUCUCAUUGGAACCUUUCAAACCACAAUGACAAAACUGAAAGAAGCCUCCAGAAGCUCACCUGUUGAAUUUGAAUGCAUAAAUGAAAAAAAGAGGCAAAAGAAGAAAAGCUACAAGAAUUCAGGGGUGAUCAGUGUGAAACAGUGUGAGAUUACAGUGGAAUGUACAUUCCUUGACUAUAUCAUGGGAGGCUGCCAGCUGAAUUUUACUGUGGGAGUGGACUUCACUGGCUCCAAUGGUGAUCCGCGUUCUCCCAACUCCCUUCACUACAUCAGCCCCAAUGGUGUGAAUGAGUAUUUGACUGCAAUCUGGUCUGUGGGACUGGUCAUUCAGGACUACGAUGCUGAUAAGAUGUUUCCAGCUUUUGGCUUUGGAGCGCAGGUCCCACCGCAGUGGCAGGUUUCUCAUGAAUUUCCAAUAAACUUUAAUCCAUCCAAUCCCUACUGUAAUGGAGUCCAAGGCAUUAUAGAGGCAUAUCGGGCCUGCCUUCCUCAGAUAAAACUCUAUGGACCGACUAAUUUUUCUCCAAUCAUAAAUCACGUGGCCAGGUUUGCUGCUGCAGCCGCACAGCAACAGACAGCUUCUCAAUAUUUUGUGCUCUUGAUCAUUACUGAUGGCGUGAUCACAGACCUCGAUGAGACCAGACAGGCGAUUGUUAAUGCUGCCAAGCUGCCUAUGUCCAUCAUCAUUGUCGGCGUUGGAGGCGCGGACUUCGGCGCCAUGGAGUUCCUAGAUGGUGACGGCGGAAGCCUCCGCUCCCCUUCCGGCGAAGUAGCCGUCAGGGAUAUUGUCCAGUUUGUGCCUUUCAGGCAGUUCCAGAACGCUCCAAAAGAAGCACUUGCUCAGAGUGUCUUGGCGGAGGUCCCCCAGCAGGUGGUGGGCUACUUCAACACAUACAAACUCCUUCCUCCCAAGAACCCGGCUAUGAAAUGAGAGGAGCUCUGGUCGUCUGAGCAGAAUUCUUUUGUGCUGUGUGGAGCAACAGAUUUCUCUCCAUCUCAAAUCGUGAAUCUGUCAUUUUACACCCUUCUCACAAACUCUAUGAUUUACAAUGCAAACCUAGCUCUCUCUGGAGUAUGUCUAUUUAAAGCAUCCUUUUUAUACUUUUUUUGGAGGAAAGCGCUAACUUAGGCUUUGCCCAAUCAACCCAGUGAUUGCCAGUCAUUACAGUAAUUGCGGUGAGGCUGUUUGGAUUAGGAGCCGGUGUGAGAAAAGUACACGUUCUUGUGGUUGUUUACUUUCAUAUGAUGAAAAUGCUGUUUUUGAAUGUUUGUCAAUAGAAAGAAUGGGAAAUUGUUGGAAUGAUGCAAUUUACAGGUUGCUGUGCUUUGCUCUAGGCAAUAUAUGUAUUAUAAGCUGAUGUCCACACCAGAUGACCAGAGUUUCUUAAAUUAGAUGAUAAUGAAUUUGUAUCUAGAACUAUAUUUUAUGCUUUUCCAUGGGAUAAAACUACCUUCACUUGUGCUUGAGUUUUGCUGCAACUUAGACAUGCACAGUUCAAAACAGAAUGCAUCCUCAUAAGACUUCAUAAAAAGUCCCAAAUUAGAAAGGAAGACACAUACAUAUUCAGUUCUUAAAGCUGUAAAAUCAACAAGUAGAAGGAACUUCCUGUAAGCCAUUUUAUUGGCCUUCCUGGAUCUUUCAUUUUCACUAUUUAAUAUUGUAAACGUGGUCAGAUUUGACCUUUUCAUUGAUUGUAUGUGACACUCGGGAUUCUGUAUGUGCAUUAAUGAUAGCUUGUCCUAGACUCAGCAUUAUUAGAUGAUUUCAACUGGAGUUUGUUAAAAUGGGUAGGACUGGGUUUGUCCAGGAAAAGCUAUAAGGACCAAACAUAUAAGGGGAAAUUCGGAAUUCCACUUUCUGUUAGUUAAUGAAAGACAUUACUUAUUAAAAAAGGCAAGCUUUAUAUUUUCCUUUAUAUCUUCCAAGGUCACAUACAUUGAUUUCUACAUUUAUAUAGAUUCAUUUAGAUAUUUUCUCCUUUUUUUGUUAAAGUGAUUUUUUACUCUGAUUUUUUAAAACUCAUGAUAAUGGUUAUUAAUCAAAAUCCUAUUUUACAUUUUAAUAACAUGCUGCUUCCUAAGCCCAGAAUGUAUGGUAUUAAGCAAAAACCUACUAUAACUUAAAAAAAAAAAAUCCAACUGCUGCAUAGGAUAGAAUGGACAUUCCAUGCUUUUUUUUUUUUAGUAUAUUUUCUUUUCCUGAUGUUUACCCUUUGGAAUAUAAUCCUGAGCAAACAUUACCUUUUCAGAAUAGAUUAAGGUUUUACUGAGGACCUGUGUGCCAGGCACUACGCAUGUCUGUGUGCUGGCCGGUCAUGAGGUAACAUCUGGUUAUUGAGGACUGCAUGUCGGUCACGGAUCCGUAUGGGAUGCGCCUUGUGCUGGGCUGACGUGCCUUCCAGGCUUACUGAAAAUGUGCCACCGCGCGAGUCUUUUGUCCCCUGAAAUAUUUGAAGGAAGUGAGCCCUUAGCCAUGAACAGCUUUUGGCUUCUCGGAAGCCGCUCGUUGCCCAGGUCAGGCUGAGAGGGGCUCUGCUGACCAUCGUGGGUACCCGCCCCUGGCGAGCAGAGAGGGCGUCUGCUGGCUGCCGUAGGUGCCCGCCCCCGGGGAACAGAGAGGGCAUCUGCUGGCUGCCGUGGGUGCCCGCCCCCGGCGAGCGAUGAACACUUUCCACUCAGCUAGCUGGCCUCUGGAUGUGCAUUGUUAACCUGAAGGUACUUACUAACUAGUCGUCUCUUACCCUAUAGUAUGACUCAUGAGAUGACAAGUCAUCUUGACGUCUGUCAGGAGAGGAAUGAACUGCUGAUUCUCCCAGGAGUUUGCAGCCUCUGUGUCUAAGAUGCCCUGCUUUGAGUUCUCUUUGGUGCUGGGGAACAGCAUAUAUAUUUUGCUCUGGUUUUCAGAAUUUUCUUUUGUAAACAUACGCGGCCUUUAAAAGAAACGAUUUGCAUGUGAUCUUGGUAUACUGCAAGACAGAAGUAGAGGUUCUCGUGUGAAGCUGAGGUCCAGGGGUCACCGGGUCCCCUCCUCAGUCUCCUGAGCCCCAUCCUGGCGGCACCGGGGCCGCCUGCACAGGGCACCUGGGGACUGCUGGUCACAAGCAUUCGUCGCUUUCAUCGGCCAAACCAGUGUCCUGUCACCGCUAUCCCUGAUUUGGUCCUCAUAAUUUUAUAUUCUGAUUUUAACCAGAAUUGUUCCCUUUUGAAAAUUAUUUUUAUAUUAUGCAUUCUUGAUUUGGUUCAUCAGUAAGUGCUAUUAUUCAUAAGACCUGUGAUUCCAGUAGAUUAGGGGAAUUGAUACCUUUUUGCAGUUUUGAAUAAAAGCGUUGAUAAUUUCUAAAUUAUCGUUUAUAAAAUUCUUAUAGCUUCAACAUUUUGCAUCAUCACAGGCUGAUUUAGUAUUGUUUUAUAUUAAAAUAGUCCUUUUCCCUUUAGUGCUACCAUUCAUUCCAGUGCCAUUAGUCCUUAAAAUGCAUUUAAAGAAAAAAUAGCCAAGUUGACUGUUACACCUCAUACAAACAGAUACAUUACAAACAUAUACGAGGGUGACAUUGCCUUGGAUGGACGUAAUAUUUCUCACAUCUGCCUGUACUGAGAGAAUAGCAAUUAGCAUGGUCAUGUCAGCUUGUGCUUGAAAUUGAAAACUUUAAGAUCGGAAACAUUUAAAGUCAGAUCAGGGAUUUACAGCUCUCUACUUUGGUAGUGCCUUAGGCAGCCUUUCCAGAGUAAAUUCAGGGCCCCCUUGUUGCCUAUGCCUUAUUUAACAUACUUUGCCUUAUUAAUUGUGUAAAUUUUCUGGAAAAUCAUCUUCAAUAAAAUUUCUCCUAGUCUCUUUAUAUGUGUGGUUGGUAGUCAUGGAAGUGACACAUAUGGUAAACCAGAAGCUUGGUUGAGAUUUCGAGAGACUAUUUUGUGGUUUUAUGUCAUAUUUGAUAAUAAGUGUGUAAGUUACUAAUAUAUGAAUUGAUGUUAAGUAUAUCUUCCAUUUGGAUAAAGUCAUUUCUUGAUGUGUUACAGUAGUACCUUGUUUUUAUUUUUGUUCUUUCUUCAAAUGAUAUUGGUCAAAAAGUUAGAAAUAAAGUUAGUGCUUUAAUCA